ACAGUGGUAACAUUUGCAGCUUCUCUGGAAAUGUCAAACCAUUUAACUGGAGAUGCUUCAUUCAGCUCCAGACAGGAGCUGCUGAAUUUAAAUGAACCCUGCUCAAGUAUUAAUAACAUAGACACUCAGACGUCUUCAGAAGCCAACAAUAAAAUACAGUGCAAUGGGACAAGGUUAGAUGACAGCUCUCGCCAGUUCACAUUAAUUCCAAGCAAAACUGAAGAUAUGUGUGGCUGGGGCUUCCUGAAACCCAAAUGUUUGCAAAUGUUCAAUACACCGAAAGGAGUGCUCUUCUUCCUCUGCAGUGCUUCUUUUCUCCAAGGAAUGAUCGUGAAUGGAUUUAUUAACACAGUGAUUACCUCAAUUGAACGGAGAUUUGAUCUACGCAGCUAUCACAGCGGAAUGAUUGCCAGUUCCUAUGACAUUGCAGCAUGUGUCUGCUUGAUUUUUGUCAGUUACUUUGGCGGCAGCGGUCACAAGCCACGUUGGCUUGGCUGGGGGGUUCUAAUCAUGGCUUUGGGGUCAAUAGUGUUUGCCAUGCCACACUUUCUGUCUGGUCAUUAUGUAGUUACCAUAUCUGAGAAUACUGGAUUGUGCCAGUCGAAUCAGUCUACGUUGUGUGACAAAGGUUCAUCCAGUUAUUCCAACUACCGAUUUCUCUUUAUGCUUGGACAGUUCCUCCAUGGCAUUGGAGCAACUCCACUCUACACCUUGGGCGUGACCUACUUAGAUGAAAAUGUCAAGUCAAAUUAUGCUCCUGUUUACAUUGGUAUUUUCUACACAGCAGCAAUUAUUGGACCAGCUGCUGGUUACUUACUUGGAGGCAAUUUCCUGAAAAUCUAUACCGAACUCAACACUAAGGUUAACCUUACCUCUGAAAACCCCUUAUGGGUUGGAGCAUGGUGGAUUGGAUUCCUUGGAGCUGGAGCAGCUGCAUUCCUCAUAUCUGUCCCAAUCCUUGGUUACCCUCGACAGCUUCCAGGGUCGCAGCGUUAUGUGACAAUGAGAGUCUCUGAAGCUCAUCAGUUGAAGGAUGGAAGCAACCAAUCAGCACUGGAACCAGACUUUGGGAAGACAUUAAAGGACUUGCCGAGGUCAGCAUUGCUAUUGCUGAGGAAUCCAACCUUCAUCUUUCUCUGUCUGUCAGGAGCGACAGAGGCCACUCUAAUAGCUGGCAUGUCUACAUUCGGUCCCAAGUUCCUUGAAUCCCAGUUUAGUCUGAGUGCCUCACAAGCUGCAACCCUAUUUGGCUACCUUGUAGUCCCAGCAGGUGGAGGUGGUACUUUCCUUGGCGGAUUUAUUGUGAAUAAAUUAAAACUCCGUUGUGCUGGGAUCAUCAAGUUUUGUCUGUUUUGUACGUUCUUUGGCUUGCUAGCUAUUUUCAUAGUCUGCAUUCACUGCCCGAACGUGCCUGUGGCUGGAAUCACUUCUACUUUCAAUGGCAGUUUUUAUAAUGGUCCAGUUAAUGUGACUGCAGCUUGCAAUACAGAGUGUAACUGUUCAAUGGAAUUAUAUCACCCAGUUUGUGGAGAAAAUGGUUUAAUGUACUACUCCCCAUGCCAUGCUGGAUGUACAGAAUUGAAUACAACAUUGUUGGACAAUGGCAGAAAGCUUUACCACAAUUGUCUCUGUGUUAUGGAGAACCUUCAAUCUGGGCAAGGUACUGCGCAAUCUGGAAAGUGUAACUCCUCGUGUUCCCACAUGCCUCUCUUCCUGGUGCUAUUUUUCGUUGUGAUUUUUUUCACAUUUCUGGGUAGUAUUCCUGCACUCACCGCAACUCUGAGGUGUGUCCCUGAUAGUCAACGAUCAUUUGCCCUUGGUAUUCAAUGGAUCUUGGUCCGUACUUUAGGUGGAAUUCCCGGCCCAAUUGCCUUUGGCUCAGUUAUCGACAUUUCUUGCUUGUUAUGGCAGGAUCAGUGUGGUGAUAGGGGCUCGUGUUAUAUAUACCAAAAUUCAGCCAUGAGCAUGUACCUCCUGAUUGCAGGAGUAACUUAUAAGGUACUGGGAACACUGUUCUUUCUGAUAGCCUUAUGUCUUUACAAGCCACCAAAUUCUGCACUGAAUAGUUCAAACGUGGACAAUGGAGAGCCAGACCUGCCAGCGAAAGAUAUGCCGCAAAUAACAGUAAAUAGAGUAAUUACUUUGUAGGAAGUACAUUCCACUCAAACCACAUUCAUAUCUUCCAUGAAAGUGGAUACUUGUCACCUCGCACCAUCGCACAUCACCUGUCACUCAUCUAAUUAUAAAACAAAAUUAUAACACAGUCUUUGAAAUAUUCAGUUCGUACGGUUCCCUUCAUGGGUCAGUGGUGUUGAGACUGUGAAAACCUGUUACGUCACAGGCUUGCACACCUGCAGAAGGUUUAAAUCUGGAAUCAAAACCGACUACCAAGCAUCAAUAAAGUGCAUAGAUCAGCCACAGAGCAUUCUAUGUCUAUACAGGAAUUCAACGUUACUUUAGCCAAUGGAAUGGACUGCUUUUAGUUUAGGCCUCUAAGCAAGCCCCAAGGAGGUGAAAAUUGGAACAAAUUUCCACAUCAUAUGAACUUCUGAAUUCAGAAAAGGGCUCCUCAAGCCAUCAUAUUAUAGCUAUAGUUACGAUAUUUUGCUUUGUCUUUGUCAGAUGUUUAAAAAAAGUUUAUUAUUCUAUUUAUUCCCAGAUACUUGUUCCUGGGAAGAUAACAUGUUUUUAGAUAAAGGCUGUGAUUUUGUCUCUGAUUUAGGUGCACAGAAGCAGGAGAGCUCUUGGUUCUGGGAACUUGACCUUUAAAAAUGACAUAUACACUCCAGAUUAUUGGUCCAAGAGAUCAGGCUUGAUUUGAAAGCCAGGUCAGGAAAGCUUCCUGAGUCUGCCAAUUUCUUAGAGGUUGCUGUUUACCCAUGGGCUCCAGCAGCAAAUAUUGAAAUUAUAUGAACCCUCCAGCCUUCUCACGUUCUUGCUCUCUCGUUUUUUUUCACACACACACACACACACACACACCUCCAUGCCAUCCCAAGCCACUUAAUGUCCAAAGUUUGAUUUCAGGUGUGAAAAGCUAUGGGGGAUGAAUAGAAGCCAUUAGGUGGCAUGGGUAAAGGUGAGUGUAUGAAAUUUGGCAGGGUGAAGACUUAAGGCUUGGAGAAUAUUUUAUGUUUCUCCCCUUUCAGAGAAGUAAGGUACCUUUUAGAUCUCAUCAUCCAUGUUUGGUUAUGCUUUUGCAAAACUAAGGCAAAAGUUCUCAACCUUUUCAGUAUCAAGGCACACUUCCAUGCAAAAAACAAUUCUACAGCACACUUACCUUCUAUUUAUCACAUGUG